UUGUCCUUUUUCUUGAGCAAGCAAAGUCGUACAUUCACGCACGACUUCUGUUCGAAUACAUUCGUUUUAUUUUACAGGACAAUCAUCAUGCUGGGCAAGUUCCUAGUUGCCGCUCUUGCGGUCGUCGGCGGUGUCAACCCCGUCGAGGCUCAGCAGCAGAACAUCUUCGUCACCGGUGUCCCGGUCACUGGUGGAGCUGCUGUUCCUGCUCGCAAGAGCAUCAAUGACAUGCAGAAGGCUGGCGGCCCCGCCUGGGACCUUUACAUGCGAGCCGUCCGCUCCAUGUACGAUGCUAAGGAGACUGACUGGAAGUCCUACUUCCAGGUUGGUGGUAUUCACGGAAAGCCUUUCAUUCAGUGGAACGGUGGUGGUGGUCGAAGCGGCAAUGGCUGGCCCGGAUACUGCCCUCACGGUGAGAGCAUCUUCCUGACAUGGCACCGUCCCUAUGUCCUGCUCUACGAGCAGAUCCUCGUCGAGCAUGCCAAGCGUCUGGCCAACCUCUACCCUUCCAAGUACCGCAAGCAGUAUGUUGAUGCAGCCAACAAUCUGCGUGCCGCCUACUGGGAUUGGGCACUCGAUGGCAUUCCCGCUAUCCUCACCCAGCAGAAUGUCAACGUCAAGGUUCCCAACGGCAGCGGCCUCAAGACUAUCAACAUGAAAAACCCUCUCUACACCUACAACUUCCCCAAGGACGCCCUCAACAACAAGUACGGAUCAUGGGACGACGAGCACCGCGUUCGCAUCUACCACUGCCCUGCUCCCGAUAGCUUCCCUUCAAGUGCCAACAAACUCCUCCGCCAGCGACCUUACAAGCAAUGGGUCUACGAUGUCAUGACCCGACCUACCACCUUCAACCAGUUCGCCUCCACCGGUGCCAACGGUGCUUCUCUCGAGCAGAUUCACAACGCCAUUCACUGGGAUGCUUCUUGCGCCGGACAGUUCCUCGCCACCGAGUUCUCUGGCUUCGAUCCCAUCUUCUGGUUGCACCACGCCAACGUUGACCGUCUCUGGGCUUACUGGCAGGCCAUGCACCCUAGCCAGUCUACCUUCACCGGCUCUUACUCUGGUGGUGCCCGUUACUCUACUCCCCAGGGUACCCGCAUCACUCCCAGCUCUCCUCUCAACCCCUUCUACCGAUCCAGGGGUAACUUCCACACCUCUGACACUGUCAAGAGCAUCAAGGGUUUCGGUUACACCUACGCUGGACUCGAGUACUGGCACAUGUCUGCCAGCCAGCUCUCCAGCUCCGCCCGAACCACCAUCAACCGUCUCUAUGGCAGCGGUUCUUCCCGCCGUCGUGAUGUUGAGGAGCGGGGCGAAAUUGAGGAGCGUGCUGAUGCCAAGACCACCCGUUACUUUGCUAAUGUCCAGCUCGAUGUCACCGAGGUUGAGCGACCUGCCCAGGUCAACGUCUACGUCUCUGGAAAGCUCGUUGGUGGUCUCGUCGUUAUGCGACAGCCUGCUGAGGGUAUCAUCCACGGUUCUUUCUCCGCUGACCAGGCUGCCGAUGCCCCUCAGCUUCUUGCUGCCUGCUCUCCUACCAAGGUUGCCGAUGCCGUCAACAACGGCCUCCAGGUUGAGAUUGUCAAGCUCGACGGCUCCAAGAUUGACAUCAACACCGUCCCCAGCUUGAAGCUCAGCCUCGACGACGUUGCCUACACCCCUCCUGCCGCCGAGGAUGACCUCCCCGUCUACGGCACUCCUCGCACCCAGCCCGCCAAGGCUGUUGCCCUUACCAACGCCAAGGCCCUCAAGGCCGUCAGCGCUUGUGCCAACAAGCUUCCUUCUUUCAACCCUCCUGUCUAAAUACCCGGCCAUCAUCGGCGUUUCAUUUUAUCAUAUCUGCCGUCGGCGGGCUAGCAUGCUCGACCGCGGCUUAUCAUAAGGGACCACUAGCAAACCGCACAAAUUCUUUUUAAGUAAUUUUAAUCCCUGGCAGACUCGGGGAGUCACGAUUGUAUUUUUUCGCCAGACUAGGUCUAUAGUUGCCAUAUAGCGGCCCCUUUGUCUUGUACAUCUUGAAUUCAUUCCGUGUGCGUGUCGUGAUGUCAAGAUGUCUAUUAAAAAGAUCCUCCAAUUAGUGUAUUAUGAAGUCUGAAGUGCUUAGCACAGUGAAACUGUCUCUAAGCUACAUCAUCACUGUGGAUGAAAAUACGUACUAACUCUUUAUAAAAAGAGUCUAGAAGACCAUG